AUGGUGUACAAUCAGGAGCUCAACAGCUGAUCUCAACUGUGUUUUUUAGUUUACUUUUACAGAUGCACUGGCAUAGCAUGUGUUUGUGGUUUUGCAGGUUAUGUUUGGUGUCAUUUGUAUUUAUUGGCAUUAGUUAAUUGUGUUGGUGUAUAUUUUGCAGUUUAUUUUGUCAUAUUUCCUAGUUACUUCUUAGGCCUAUAAUAAGAAUCAUGGUUCGAAAGGUAAAUAAUCAUAAAACAGACAGAGUCAGGCAACGUUUUCAACAAAAUAAAAAUGGUUUCAAAAACAAACAUGUUCAUUCAAAAAACAACCUAGUUACUGGUGAUAAACAAAUCAAAAACAUUAAGAAGCGUGGAACAGCUAUGUCAAAAGUUGAACAUUCUACAAAACACCAAGAAUCUAUGAAGAAAACUAAUUUGCUAGUCAAGGAAGAUGCAGGAAGUGAUUCUGAGCCAGAUGCAUUUACUCAACUAGUUUCAUGUUUUUCGAAAUCAAAAACUCAAUCAGUAGUAAGUGAUGAAGAUUCAGAUUCUGGGGAUGAUUCUGCCUCAAAUGGUAGCCUUAUAGAAGAAAGCGCUCAAGUCAAUGAGGAAAGUGAUCUUGAUUCUAAUAGUGAAACAGAGGGCAACAGUGAUAUUGAUGAGAUGCAAACUCCUAGUAACAAUAUAGAGGUCAGUUCAUCCUCAGAUUGUGAUCCUUUUGAAGAUCAUAUCCAGUAUGAUCUUGACGACAACUUGUACAAUGCAGUGUCGUCAGUUCCUCAGGAGGUUGAAGAAAUUACAAAAAACUGGCCCGUCUUAGGCCAAUUAAAAAUUUUUCUGCCAAGACCAUCGCAAGACACCUCGCCAAAAUUGAAGAAGAAGAGAAUUGAUAAUGAUGUAGUGUAUGCAAAACCAGGAGAGGUCCCAAAUAGAAUAGAAUGUGUUGAUUGGGAAAAGUUAUUUAUGAAAUCCCAAAUACAGGGAAAUAUUCUGAGAGCAAAUCGGAAGCAUGUUGAUGAGUCUAUUAGUGAUGAUGAUCAACUGACGCCCUUGCAAAAAGAAUUACUUUCUGUUGUUAAUAACUACCAAGACCUGUACUAUCCAGAACGCACUUUAAACAAUGGGGAAGAGGUCAGAUUUGUGUACUGCUUGCAUGCAAUUAACCAUGUCCUGAAAACACGGUUGAAAGUUGUCCACCACAAUGCUCGACUUGCGAAUAAAGAAGAUUCCAAAUCAGAUAUUCCAGAUGAGUACAGAGACCAAGGACUUGUGAGGUCCAAGGUUUUGAUUCUUGUGCCUUUUCGAAACUCAGCUCUCAGAAUUGUAGAUAUGCUUGCUUCCAUUCUUCUUGAAGAAGGCAAUAACAAUGUGCUCAACAAAAAAAGAUUUUUCGAUGAAUUUGGUGCUGGAGAAAUUGCAAUGCCCCGUAAAAAUCCUAAACCAGAAGAUUACGAAAAGACCUUUGCUGGAGAUACGGAUGAUAAUUUUAAAAUUGGCAUUUCUGUAACAAAGAAAAGCUUAAAGCUAUAUGCAGAUUUCUACUCUGCAGACAUCAUUAUUGCCUCACCACUCGGUCUGCGUGUAAUAGUUGGGGCUGAGGGUCAAGCAGACAGAGACUUUGACUUUCUUGCUUCAAUCGAGCUACUGGUUUUGGACCAAGCUGAAAUCAUUUUGAUGCAGAAUUGGGACCAUUUACUUCACGUUUGGGAUCAUCUGCACAUGCAACCUAGGGAGAGUCACGGCACUAACUUUGCCAGGGUGCGGCCUUGGGCUCUAAAUGGACGUACUCGCUAUUACAGACAGACUCUGUUGUUCUGCGCGCACAGUCUACCGCAGUUCUCUGCACUGUUCUCUCGCAGGUGUCAUAACUACGCAGGCAAGGUCUGUGUCGUCAAUCCGAUCAGAACUGGCACCAUUUGUCAGAUAGUGCUGCAACUACCUCAGGUUUUCAACAGGAUAGAGUGUAGCUCUGCUGUCAGCUCGAUAGAUGCUCGGUUCGACCACUUCAUCAACAAAGUGCUGCCUCAAUACAAGGAGUCUGUUAUGAGUCAUACAGUCAUCUAUGUUCCUUCAUACUUCGACUAUGUCCGGAUACGCAACCAUUUCAAAAAAGAGACAGUCAGCUUUGUGCAGAUCUGUGAAUAUUCCAAGGAUGCCAAAAUUGCGAGAGCCCGUGACAUGUUUUUCCACUCAAGUGCCCACUUUCUCCUCUACAGCGAAAGGUUCCACUUCUUCCGAAGAAUCCGGUUGAAAGGCAUCAGACACAUCAUCUUCUACCAGCCUCCAACCAUCCCUCACUUCUACAGUGAGCUGUGCAACCUUAUGCAGGGUGACAGGCAGACAACAGAAGAAGGCUCUUUGAGUGUGACAGUGCUCUACACGAGGUACGACUCUGCACAGUUGGCAGCAAUUGUUGGCUCUGACCGUGUGGCGCGAAUGUUGGCAUCAGACCGUUCCGUUCACAUGUUCAUGACUGGGGAGUAACUAAUCACAUGCAGAGAGUGGUAACUGUUAUGUUAUAUGAAGCUGUUAUACAACUGUUAUGUAUAGAAUUUUUUGUAAAUACAUUUUUUACGUUAUCA